CCCACAUAAACACAAAUGGGAGCUACCUUACGUUAUCUUCAGUCAGGUUUUAUGUUUGCAAACGCUCUUUUAUCAAUCUUACUGCAUAAACGUGUUUGUGCGACGCAGAAUUGAACCAUCAGAUGAUGGAGGAUUUCUCAGGGUUGGCUUUGCCCCCUCUAUUUGGAGGACAUAUUUUGGAGGCAGAGUUGGAGCCUGGUGGUGUGGAGCUGGGUCCAGGAGAGGUGGAGCUGGAACCAGGAGGCAACGAACAACUUGAGAGCAUGGCACAAGAAGAUGAAGAAAGAAGAGCUCUUGACAAAAGAAAAUAUCUGGCACUGAGCAGGAGAUGUAAAGAAAUUGAACAGGUAAACCAAAAGAUUUUGGGUCGUCUUCAUCAAGUACAAAGAAUUACGCGACGCUUGAAGAAAGAAAGGCGGUUUCUCAUGACAACUUUAGAUGCUCAUGGGGAUGAUUACAGAAAUGCCCAGCUCACCAUACUACUUGAGGAGGAGUCUGGAGCCCCCUUAGAGCCAGCUGCUGGAGUUGAGGAUGAAAAACUCAACGGUGUAUCUGGUUCUUCUGCAGCCUUGCAUCAGGGAGGUGGGCCAAAGAAGAAGAGGCACAGACUUCCUCGGCAAGAAAAGGAUAAAGAUCCACAGAUUGAAGCAGACAUGUUGGUGUUGGCAGAGAAUCAGUAUGGAGAAAUCUCCAGCCCAACCUCUCUUUCUCACUGAUCAGUUGCCUGGAGAUGAUGUUGGUGAUGAUAAUUGUGAUGAUGAUAGGAGGAUCCAUUUUCUUCAACUGUUCUUUAUAUGAUGCUUACUUUCCUCAGUCAGCCUUUAUACUAUUUGUCGUUUUUGCUUGAAGAGUGUAAACAGAUUGAAGGCCAAUCAGCUUCACUUGAUACAUAUAUAAAGUUGUUUUGUAUAUAUUUUGUGUUUUGAUAUUAUGUAGCCAUAGUUUAGGACAGCAUACAAUCUGAUUCAUGUAGAAUAUAUUGAACAACCGAGUUAUAUAGUAAAUAGUACAGUAAUAUAGUAGUAAAUAAAUAGUAAUUCUUUUGAAAAAUGAAAAAUUCUAACAAAAACCACAUGUAUCGUGAUUAUUAACUGCCUAAUAAUUUAGGUCGAGCGGUAUAUGCAGUUAUAAAUAUUAAAACAUUACACUCUGCUUUUGGAAUACAAUCUGUUUGUAUUGUAAUGUUACUUUUAAAACAUCUGCAUCAACAAUGAAUACUUAGAUAGGGCAGAUGUUAAUCCCUGCUGUUUUGUUUCUAUAUUAUAUUUCUACAUAACUGCUCAAAUAAACAUAUGAUUUUUCAGUUUCAGGCAAAAAUUAAAAUUAAUUUCUGGA